GGACGAGCCUCGCGAUACCUCCCACUUCCUGCCCCUGCGAUAUACUGUGAGGAACCCCGUGUGCUCUCCCUUUCCCAAGAUGGCUCCGAAGGCGAAGAAGGAAGCUGUCCCAGCCAAGACCGAGGCCAAGUCCAAGGCCUUGAAGGCGAAGAAGGCUGUGCUGAAGGGGGUGCACACCCACAAGCAGAAGAAGAUCAGGACCUCCCCCACCUUCAGGAGGCCCAAGACCCUCAGACUCAGGAGGCAGCCCAAGUACCCCAGGAAGAGCGCUCCUCGCAGGAACAAGUUGGAUCAUUAUGCCAUCAUCAAGUUCCCUCUUACCACUGAGUCUGCCAUGAAGAAGAUCGAGGACAACAACACCUUGGUUUUCAUCGUAGAUGUCAAGGCUAACAAGCAUCAAAUCAAGCAUGCCGUCAAGAAACUGUACGACAUAGAUGUGGCUAAAGUCAACACACUGAUCCGGCCUGAUGGUGAAAAGAAGGCAUAUGUCCGUCUUGCGCCAGACUACGACGCGUUGGAUGUUGCAAACAAGAUCGGCAUCAUCUAACCUGUUCAUCAUGAAAUGUACAAAGAAUAAAGCUUUUUAAAAACUAA